CAGCGGGGAGGCAACACGCUGCGCCCUGCAACUCUCAGCCUCACACGCGUCGUUCACCUCCCUCCCGUUCACUCCCCUCUCACGCCUUCCGCCAUGACCGCCCUCCACGUCCCCUAAUCUCUAAAUAGACACAUAAUUCGGACUUUUUAGUACUCAAGUGAAGUGACUGAAGUGACGAAUCAGUGUCAGGGGCAUUGGGAAGAGUGCCUGGUGGUGGUGGUGGUGGUGGUGGUGGUGGUAGUGGGUGCCUGUGCCUGGCUGCCUUCCACACCUGUUGAUUGGCUGACUUGACACCCUCAGAGCCGCCCCACACCUGCAACACCUGCUCCGUGAAGUGGUCCACUUGUGUUAAGAGCAGCCCGGGGUUUUCUUCGCGGCCAGUGCCAAGAUAUUCCACGUUCCUCGCUAUGGUCGCAGACAGGGUGGGGAGGAGGAGGCAGGCGGGACCAACACCCUCGCCCCUCCUCCUCCAUCUCUACCUCUUCCUCGUCAACGUCCUUCUUCACUUCUGCUUCACCUCCGCCGCGCGCCUCGAGUCUGUGAAUCCUGAUGGAUCGUGCGCGAGUGGCUGGUUUCUGUGCACCUCCACGGGCGAUGUGUGUCUCGAGCAGCGCUUCCUCUGUGACCAAAAGGAAGACUGCCCAGAUGGUGAGGACGAGAUCGACAAUUGUGUCCCUUACGAGGCGGACAGCAACCUGACCGUCAAGAUCCUGGAGAAGGAGAUCCUGGCCCCGGACAACAUUACGCGGUGUGACCUCACUCGCGUCCCUCCAGAGUGCUACUGUCGCCUGGGAACUCACCUCGUCUGCAGGAACGCUCACCUUACGUCCAUCCCUCAAGACUUAGAUCCCAACGUCACCAGUUUGCUCUUGGGAAACAACAGUAUUGUUCUAUCGUCGGAUGACCUGCAGCGCUACCCACGCCUCAACCAAAUAUUUCUGGACCACAAUAAGAUCACUGUACUGCCAGCCGGGGUCUUCAGUGGCCUUCCUCUUCUUAAGGUGUUCCUGUCACACAACUUACUGAGCGACGACCCUCAAUCUCUACAAGGCCUCAGCUCCCUCUUCAGGCCCAGCUACCUCCACCUGUGCAACAACCUCAUCUCUGACAUCGAUCUUGUGCUUGAUCUCGUGCCCGGCCUCCUCUCCCUGUGGAUCAACUAUAGCCCAGUGACCAUGACUAACAGAACCGUGAGCCGCAACGCACAGUCACUCACGGAACUCUGGAUGGAGGGAAACAGAGUGCAGCUGACUUCUGGAGCCUUCAGAGGAUUCACAAACCUCGAGUCUUUGUACCUUCGUUAUAACGGGAUCACGGAAGUAGGGAGUGGCGCCUUUGAGGACCUGCGUAGCCUCAAAGACCUAGAACUCAACUACAAUCUGAUUCGACACCUGCAUUCAGACAGCUUCGUGGGUCUCGAAACUUUGGUCAGCCUUAAUCUGGACCACAACCCUUUGCUCACCAUCCACGCCAACGCCUUCAAGCCUCUCGAAAACCUGGCGAGCUUGUGGAUGGGCAGUGUGGAGAUGAGCACGGAACUACUAAUGAACAUCUCGACACACCUACGAGACGAGACUCAUCCUGCUAAUCUGACCCACGUGAUCUUCAAGCGGUUCAGGUACUGCGGCUACUUUCCCCACGUGCCGGACUGCUACCCCAAGGCUGACGGCGUGUCCUCGUUCCAACACCUACUCGUGCGUCUGGAGCUGCGUGUCGGUGUGUGGAUCGUGUCUCUGCUCACCCUGCUCGGCAACCUGAUGGCUGGGGGCAGGGUGUUCUCCAGGGACGAUAAUAAGAUCCUCUCUCUCUUCAUACGCAACUUAGCAGUGGCUGACCUCCUGACUGGGCUGUACCUGUUAGUCAUCGCGGUGAAGGACAGAGAGUUCCGUGCCAGGUAUAGCGACCACGCCUACUACUGGAUGACCUCUUGGCAGUGCACCAUCACGGGGGUCCUCGCCAUGACAUCCUCUGAGGUGUCCGUGCUGAUUCUGUCCUUCAUGUCCGUGGAGCGCUGGCUAUGCAUCACGUGGCCCCUUGCUGCCCCCAAGCUGUCCCUUGGCGGCGCUAAGAUGGCACUCACCUUCAUCUGGCUUAUUGGGGUCUCACUGGCACUGGCACCUGUCUUCUACUACCGGGGACAACACCAGCGGUUUUACGGGACGAACGGGCUGUGUUUUCCCCUGCACCUGGACGACCCCUGGGUUCCCGGCUGGCUCUACUCCGGACUCCUCUUCGUCGGCUUGAAUCAGCUGGGCGUCAUUCUCAUCCUGGUCUCCUACACGGGAAUGUUCUACAGCAUCAGGAGGACACGCGCCAACACACCCCUGUCACUCGGGGAUCGGGAGUUUGCUAUGCGUUUCUUCUUCAUAGUAUUCACGGACUGUCUCUGCUGGACGCCUAUCAUUGUACUCCGCAUCAUGGCCCUGGCUGAAGUGGAUCUGAGACCCGAGUUCUACGCUUACGUGGUGGUGGUGCUGCUGCCCAUCAACUCAGCACUCAACCCUUUCCUGUACACCUUCACCACCACCAAGUUCAGAUCGCAGAUACGACGCUUCCUCUCAGGCCGCGGCGUGUGUCUGUGUGUGUGGGUGCCUCGCCAGGACACAGAUUCGGAGACCACGAGGACUUCCUUCUUCAGGAGCGCCACACUCAAGCUCACCAAUGGAAAGGACCUCUUGCCAGCCAUCAACGGCACAGCGCCCAGCCACACCGUCGACGACACAACCGUGGCCGAGGUGUCGAGGUCCUCUCUGGUCAAGGACGAGGUGGUGAAGGUGGAAACGAAGCUGUGAGAUCUAGAUGAAGGUUAAGAUGCGUGAUUAAAGUAAUGGAGACGAAGGAGGUGCAGGAGGAGGAGGAGAAGGAGGAGAAGGAGGAGGAAGAGGAAGAGGAAGAGGAGGGUGUUGAUAAGUGCAAAGAAGGAGAAAAGAUGGGUGAUCAUAUUGGAGAUGUGAAAGAUUGUGAUAUUAAUGAGGAUAAUGAAGAUGAGGAGGACGAGGAAGAGGAGGUGCUGGAGGAACAGGAGGAGGAGGAGGAGGAAGAAGAGGAAGAGGAGGAGGAAGUGGAAGAGAUAGAAGAUGAACUAUAAUGAUUUAUUUCCAUAUUUCCAUUGAUCUCUAAGGCAAUGGGAGAGUUAAGUAGUCUCUCUCUUUAUCUCUCUCUCUCUCUCUCUCUCGUACCCUGGCGUUAAUGAGACAGUGUAAUGACAAAUGACGCUUCGAAGCCAAUUGUGUUUAUGCUUCAUGAAACACAGACUGAUGCUUCGAAGUUCAGUGUUCAGUAAUUGUUUCGGUGCUUCACUCUCUCGAUUCGUGAUUCGCUCAUUAGUGGAAGUGGUGAACCUCAUAUUGGUGUACAUAUAUAGUGGAGUGAAUGAACGAUUGAUGAAAGAAGGAAGGAAAUAAUAGAUAGAAAGUAACGCCAAUAUAUUAAUUCAAACGGGUAAUGAAAAAAAAUAGAGAGAAAAAGAAAGAAAACCAACCUGUAUUAAUUAUGUUGUAUUAUUGUAUCUUGUUGUAUCAUACGUGUAUAUAUAUAACAAACAAUAACAGAACUCACUGUAAACUUGAUAUACGUACAUAGAGUGAUAUACGUACACAAAACAUUACAUUUGCUAUACACACAUAAACAUACGCACGUACACAUACACACGUACAUAUAGGAGACUUUAAUGUAUACUCGUGUACAUACUAAUACUCACACAUUUACGUAUACAACGGGAAGAAAAAGAGGAGAAGGCUGUCUCUUUCCUCGCCAAGGGUUCGAAUCCCACUAAGGCGAAAAAAAAAAGUAGAAGGUCGAUGUUUGUUUCCUCUUCUCGU